CGCCUUAUUCCGCCUGUGCCGCGAGAUCCUCUGAAAGCUACAGAUCGAUUGUAACAUCUAUACGAAAAUAUUGCUGCUCAAGUAAUCUUUUGGAUUAUCGAAUACUAGUAUAAAAUGGGCAACACACCUUCAAAAAAGGGGAAUGACGGUCUGCAGUCAUAUCCAUCCUUCUCCCGAACGGAUACGCAGGGAUCCUCAAAGUCAAUUAGGUCUCUACGGCCAAAGCUAGGGAGUAUAGGAACGUCAUCCGACACGAAUAACUCCCCGUCUACUAGCUCAGCUACACCGGAUGCGGGAAACAAAACAUUAAGUGUGGUGACUACGAGCACCGAUCUGACUAGUCCUACGUCUGCCGGUUUCGACAACGCAUAUCUGCCGCCAUCGAUGCAAGUACACGAGCCAAAGGAGCCGAUUCUAAUCAGACGAUCAGUUGACUUGUCUAACGACGGUUCGACAUCUCCAGGAGGACAGCAUGGCCGAUCUGGUAGUAGCUCUUCGGCCACCGGUCAGGAUGCUAGGGCCGGUGCCAUUACGAAUGGUGAUCAUCUCUCUCCAGAAGCUGGAAAGAAAAACUUGAGCUAUCGUCGAGGAGUCAGUGGCGUGUCUGACAUAAAUACGUCGGCCAUUGAAGAAGGUGUCAAUGCGAUGUCACUUCGGUCUGGCUCAUCACUGUCGCCAGGAUUUCCUCAUGGACCAGAGAUCAGUUCGACUAUUGAUAUCGAUGAGAUCAUUCAACGGCUGUUGGAUGUGGGCUAUGCUGGGAAAGCCACCAAAAAUGUAUGCUUGAAAAAUGCGGAAAUUCAAGUCAUCUGUCGCACCGCUCGAGAGAUCUUCUUAUCUCAGCCCACAUUGAUUGAGUUGUCGCCGCCGGUGAAGAUAGUGGGUGACAUUCAUGGUCAGUAUGGUGAUCUCAUCAGAAUGUUUGAGAUGUGCGGGUUUCCUCCUGCUGCGAACUUUUUGUUCUUGGGAGAUUACGUCGAUCGAGGGAAGCAGGGUCUUGAGACUAUCCUACUUCUUCUGGCCUACAAAAUCAAAUAUCCAGAAAAUUUCUUUCUUUUACGGGGAAACCACGAGUGCGCGAAUGUGACUCGCGUGUAUGGAUUCUACGACGAAUGCAAGCGGCGAUGUGGGAUCAAGAUCUGGAAGACAUUUAUCGACUGUUUCAACACUUUACCUAUUGCGGCCAUCGUUGCAUCCAAAAUCUUUUGCGUUCAUGGGGGCCUGUCGCCAGUUCUGAACUCGAUGGAUGAAAUCCGUGACAUUGUUCGACCAACUGAUGUUCCCGACUAUGGAUUACUGAACGAUCUUCUUUGGUCAGAUCCGACAGAUACGCCGAAUGAGUGGGAAGAUAACGAACGCGGUGUUUCAUAUUGUUUCGGAAAAUCGGCGAUUAACAAGUUUCUAACCAAAUUCGAGUUUGAUCUUGUCUGUCGUGCUCACAUGGUUGUUGAAGAUGGAUACGAGUUUUUCAACGAGCGCACUUUGGUCACGGUUUUCUCGGCGCCGAAUUACUGUGGCGAGUUUGAUAACUGGGGCGCGGUGAUGUCGGUCUCUGAAGAGCUGCUGUGUAGUUUUGAGCUCUUGAAGCCUCUGGAUUCUGCAGCGUUGAAGCAGGAAAUGCGACGGGGUCGAUAUGAGCGCAAGAACGGGAUGCAUUCUAGCCCGCCUGCAUCCCAAGUCCCGCAAAGUUUUUAGACCUCUUUUGAUAACAAUCUGGCAGGUACAAACGGUUUUUCAUGUCUUUUUACUAUAUCUAUUUGCGACCUCCAUGCUUUAUUAUGAUUUCAAGUUUGUGUUGAUAUGGGCAAAGGUUUAUGAGUGGGUUUUGAAUUGUUUUUAUCGUUAUCGGCGCAAUGUCUUAUCUUUUGUUUUUGAUUCCUCUUGUUCCUCCUCCCCUCCUCCCUUCCUCGUUUUAUUUCCUCGAAGAAAAUAAAUCUACUUUAAAAUAUUAGCUAUAGGCUGGAUGCUACUAUGAGUGCCAGAUGAGUGCCAGUCGAAUGCUUAACUUGCCUAGCUAUGAUCUUGGCGAGAUCAACCCUGGAUGAUGAAGAGAUAGCAGCAGGCGAGGGGCCCGAGCGAUAAGCC